AAAAACCAAAACACAAAACAAAUUUUCCUUUUCCAUUUAUGCCCCUAUCUCCUUCUUCCAUGGCUUCUUCAAUCCCUCAUCACUAUUAUUCAAACUACACUUCUGAUCAUUUCACCACACAACAACAAGGUUUGUCUUCACAUAAUAAUAACAUUAUUAAUACCUCAAUUUUGGACAAUACUAUGAUGUGGGGUUGUCAAGAAAAUUUAAUGCCUGUUUUUGAUAAUUAUGGAGCAUUUGAUCAAAUUGUGUCACUUGAUUGUGAUACUAUGUCUUCUUCUGGUGCUUGGAUUCAUCCAAAUUUUGUCGAGCAACAAGAAUUCUCCGUUCCGGCUUUGUUAUCGGAUUGUAAAAUGGGAUUUUAUGGUGGUGGGAUUCAGAAUUUUAAUGGAAGAUAUAUUAAUCAACCACUUAUUGGUCAUGAGUUAGUAGAAGAUCAAUGUUGUGGUUUUGUUGAAGAUAUUAAACCACCUACACCUUAUCCUAAUGUUGCAAGAGAAAAUUGGGGGAUACAAGGUAAUCAAAUAACAGCAGUUGAAGAACCAAACAUAAAGGUAGGAAGGUACUCAGAAGAAGAAAGGAAAGAAAGAAUUCUUCGAUAUUUGAAGAAAAGAAACCAAAGAAAUUUCAACAAAACUAUUAAGUAUGCAUGUCGGAAAACUUUGGCUGAUAGAAGAGUGAGAGUGAGAGGAAGGUUUGCAAGAAACAAUGAGAUAUGUGAAGAAGAUCACAUGGCCACAAAAAAGCUUGAGAAUCAACAUGAUGAUCACAUCAAUGAUGACUUUUAUGGUUCUGAGUCAUUCCAAUUCCAGUUAAAGAAUGAGGAGGAGGACUGGCUUCAAGAGGCUAUGGCAAGUUUGGUGUAUUUAUCUCAUUCAUCACCGGAAGAAUGAGACUAUGUGACUUAAUUAACAUCAUCAAUAUUAUUCUACAUAUGAUUACUAUUGCUCUUGUGAGCAAUUUGGGCUUGGUUUAUCACAAGGUUUAAAUUAAGCUAGCUAGUGUGCAAAGUGAAUAGGAAGAAUGAGUUUACUAGCUAGCUAGCUAGCUUGUUAAUUUCAAAUUAAGUGUAUUAUGAUAAUUAAUUUUUCUUUUCUGUUUUAUUAAGUACGUAGAUGUAAACUCUAAUUGCAUGGCAUUGUAACAUUUGUAGAUUGGUUAAUUUGAUGUUAAUUUAUAGGCAUCUUUUG